AAGCGGAUAAUGCGGACACAGAUUUUAGAUCCUGGUCAUUCAUCUGUGUAUGUUUAUAUGUUCGUUCCUCUCAUUUGGUUUUACGUGCAUAUCCGCCUUUACUGAGUACACCCACUCUAGGAUACCUAUAUCGUGCUAGGCCAGUUAAAUUACAUUAGGUUUUCAAGUCGAGUUAACCCAGCCGCGAGUUGUAAACGUGGUUCAAAUUAUCAAUAACAUGACCAGCUGACUUGUAAGUUGUAUGUUGUGUAAAUUAGACGCGUCAGCGUAACCCCUCCCCCCCCCUACUCACUGGCCACCUUUUCAGGCUUUUGCAUUUUGGCACACAGACAUGUUGUCGAUGCACAGAAUAACUGCCUCUCGAGUUCAUAGUGGUGGUGAUGAGAGCUGUAAAACUACUGCUAACAGACCGUCAUUAAUGACAAAGUCAACGACGUGGUGCUACACAGGUGCCACUGUUGGUAGCAAGAGCCUGAGCUUCUUCAAAAUAGCAAUAGCUGUGAUAUGCCUCAGUUGUGCCAUAUCCACCGUACAUGCAAAAGGAGGAGAAGGCGACUCGCCGCAUCAUGACGGCGAGCUAACUUAUCAGAAUCAGUGGGCCGUAGAAUUGCACGGCUGUGGCGAGGGUGGAGCAGGAUCGUGUGAUGCGGUCGCUAACGAAAUCGCGCUCAAGCAUGGCUUCGUCAAUAGAGGACAGGUUGGAAGUUUGGAGAAGUUCUACCUGUUUGAACAUGAGCAUGUGCAUAAGCGAUCGUUGGAACAUUCAGGUCACAUGCACACCCACCUGGUAAAGGAGCCACAGGUCACAUGUCUCAACUACAGCGACUUUAUUGGCUCUGCAUAUUUCGAUGAAUAUUACUAA